AUGGCAGCGACGCGCACCGGCGUAUAUGUGGACGACUUCCUGACAGAGGUGUCAUCACUGCCCCAUGAGCUGCAGCGCAUGCUCUCUCUCAUGAGAGAGUUGGACGGCCGAUGCCAGGCGCUGCGCAUGGAGAUUCAGAGAGACAUUCGGGCGGGGCUGACAGCCAUAGAGGAGAGGGAGGCAGUCCUCAGAGCAGGUGCUGGUGCUCAAGAUGGGCAUGGACAUGAAGGUCUGGAUGGUCAUGCAGAUGCUGGUGGUGAUAGGGAUGGGAAUGGUGAUGGUGACGGGCAAUGGGGAGGGGAAGGGGACGAGGACGAUGCUGCUAGUGACAGCGAUGCUGCUGAGGAUGCUGGUAAUGGUGACAACGAGAGUGAUGGGGCUGUUGUGACCCCUGCUGCCCUCUCUCCUGCCACGGGUGCUCUGGAUGAGGUGCCGGGUGGUGAGCAAGCAGGGGCGAAAGCAGAGGAGGGGAAGCGGGGGAUGUGGGAUGACGCUGCUGGAGAGCACCUGCGCAGUUUGAACCAGGAGCUGCAGCACUUUUCGGAGGACCUCAAGCAAGCUGCUUCCCCAGCAGCAGGGGUGGGAGGGGCGCGGGGGUGGGGGGAACCGAAGGGGGAAGGGCGGGGGUUGAGUGCAGUGGCUGUGCUGGCAUCUGGCAGUGGUGGGGAGGGGGGGGGAGGUGGCGGAGGGGGGGUGUGGGAAGCAAAGGGGGAAGCGUGGCAAGGAAACCAGGAGAGGGAGAGCGAGAGAGGGGCAGGGAGGGAAGCAGGGAGGGAAACAGGGAGGGAAGCAGGGAGGGAGGCAGGGAGGGAUGCAGGGAGGGAGAGGGAGUGGGAGAGGGGAGGAAGGGGUGCUGCCCUCAUGCCGCCUCCUGCUGCCCCUCCCGCUCUCGAGAAAGAAGGGAGGGGUGAGCAGGGGCGUGCCGGUGGGGGCAGGUGGCGAGAGGAGGGAGGUGCCCGAGGGGGGGGCAGGAGAGCAGGUUGUGAGGGAGGCGAGUGGUUCCACUACGAGUGUGUGGGACUCAGCAUCGCCAUGCCCCGGAUCCACGACAAGUGGUUCUGCCCUCACUGCACCUCCCUACACAAGAAAGGCAUGCUGCACUUGCCACCUUAG